AUGACGCCGCUGACGCGGGCGUUGGCGGGUCCCGCCCGCGCGCUCGCGCGGUCGGGUCGAUCUCCCCGCGCGCCCGCCCGUCGCCUCGUCGCCGCCGCGUCGGCGCCGUCCUCGUCGUCGUCGUCAAACGACGCGGGUGUCCUGGUGCUCUUCGCGCCGACGCUGCGCGCCACCGAGCGCGUCGCCGCCCUCCUCGCGGCGGAUGCGAGGCGGGGCGACGUGCUGUGCCUGCACGGCGACGUCGGCGCGGGGAAGAGCGCGCUGAGCCGCGCGUACGUGCGAGCCGUGGUGGGUGACCCCCACGUCGACGUCCCGUCGCCCACGUUCCUGCUGCAGCAGGUGUACGACGACCACUGCGACGGCGACGACGCCGGUCCGCCCCCCGUCCAUCACUUCGACCUCUACCGGCUGAAAGGCCCGGGCGACUGCGACAGGCUCGGGCUGGAGGAGAGCUUCGCGACGGCGUCGUCGCUGAUCGAGUGGGCGGAGCGGCUCGGGGAGAGGUGCCCGGGGGAGAGGUUGGACGUGUACAUCGACGCGGCGGCGGUCGGCGACGGGGCCGGCGCGUCGGGAGGCGCCGUGGUGGUGGUCGAGGAUGACGACGGGGAAGAACACGAAGAGGACGGGGAUGACGACGACGACGACGAGGAAGAUGAUGACGCGGACCCGGCGUUCGUGGACAGGAAACCGCGGGUCAUCCGACUCGCCCCGAGGGGCGACGUGUGGCGACGGCGCGUGGACGCGCUCGCCGCGAAGCUGGCGCGGUAG